AAUAGCUUCGUAAAACCGAAGAGCGACAUGGGGGUGAAACUGGAGGUGUUUCGGAUGUCACUCUACCUCACUUUCCCCGUGGUAAUGUUCUGGAUCUCCAAUCAGGCUGAGUGGUUCGAGGACUAUGUUGUCCAGCGCAAGAGGGAGCUGUGGCCACGAGAGAAAGAGGGCCAGCGCCAGGAGCUAGAGGAAUUUAAACAGAAGAUCCGGAAGCAGAGGGAAGAAAGACUUCUUCAAGCUGCCCAGCAGAGCUCCUGAGACCUUCAGUUCCUCAAGUUCCAGACACCCCCCCCCCCCAGGAAAUAACACACACUGAACUCUCUGUCGCUAGUGCCAAGUAUUUUAUUACUUUCAGGGGCCAGUGGGAGGCCCAGGGUGGCUGGAACUCUCAGGGAGCUUGUGUCUGGGGCUGGGGGCUACUGUUCCUGCGGAAGCUGAGAGCAGCAGGGUCCUGCGGGCUGAGCAGGGGUUGAGGGCUGAGUGUCCCGGGUCGUUUCUGCAUUCCAUCCUGUGGAUGAAGAAGGGUCAGACGGUGGGAGGGGACCACGGAAAGUGCAAGUCAGGGGCACCUCCAAACAACAUGUCUUUACGUCUGCCAAUCAGGGUGGUCGUGAGUACUCAGGAAACAGAGGCAGGAGGAUUUUCUCGAGUUUGAAGCCACCCUGGUCUACAUACUAAAACAGAUGUUGGGCGCUGAGAAUAUAGCUCAGUCAUUGCAAUUCUUGCUGUGCUCGUUUGAAGAUCUCAUUUGGAUCCUGGGAGGCCAGGUGUGGCUUCAGGCACUUGUAAUCCCAGUGCUUAGGACGGAGAGUCAGGAGGGUCCCUAGGGCUUCCUAGCUAGGGAACCUGAUCUGCCUGGUGAGUUCCAGGGCAGUGGAGGAUCCCAUCUCAAAUAACAAGGUGAUGACUCCCGAAGAACCUCUGGCUUCUACCUGCACGUGUACCCAUCUGCACAUGGACCUCUGAACGUGUCUGCCAGUGUACACAGACAUAGGGCCAGGGCCGGGAUUCAGUUAAUAGGGACUGCAUCAAAGUCCCGGAUUCCAUCCCUAACCACAUAAAUCACUCACAGUGGCUCGCACCUGUAAUCCCAGAACCCAGGAUGUACAUGUUGGAAAAGUAGAAGUUUAAGGUCAUCGUUGGCCAGCCAGAGCUCCAUGAAACCCUGUCUCAGAAACAAUAAAGUGGAACGCCCCCAAACAGAA